GAGUACGUGCCAUAUCUUGAAGAUUCAUCAUCGUCAUUUUCCGUAAAGAAAAAGGAGCGCGCGCACUGACCGCACGUGAACUUGUGUUCCACUCGGAGCCCACCAGAAACGUGGCACCCUACGUUUAUGCUUGCUCCCUGCACUUGCCUCGGAACGUCGCUGACUAAGCUGGGUAGGGAGACCUUGUUGCAACUUCCCAGCGAUGGCCAUUUGCCAGGGCCACAGAGCGUGGCAGCAGCAGCGUCACAGCCAUCUGCACCACACGGAGAUGAGUGCCCCAUCUACUUACAGCCACGUGAGUGAAGACGCAGGCGGCGACUCGAAGCGUACGGACAGCACUGCAGGCGGCUUCAACCUGAUCUCCACGGCGUUGCCUAGCGUUGUACCGCCGUUCUCAGACGUAGUGCCGGCUUCCGUCUCUUCCCUUGGGCUACUUCUUCCUUUCGGCCCAGGCCACUGUUUCAUCAAGGAAGUUGACUGUGCCUGCGUCACCGGCUACUGGACGGGGAACUGCAAAGCCAAGUUCGAAAUGCAAGUUCCGUCUAUUCUGCACAAUCACGACAACGAUGUUCUUCACAAGACCAAAUACACUCGAUCCAUGCAACGGCCGGAGCCACGAGGCAGACAGGAGAAUAUCCGAGAUCAUAACCGGAGCGCCACGAGUACGCCGAACGGCCGCAUCGGCGACGAUGUGAGUCACGACGGCGCACUGCACCACACGAGGAACAUAGAGGGCUACGGCAACGCACAGCUGGACCCGGCGAUCGUUGGGCGCGAUCCAUGGGAAGAACUUGAGCACGCUAAGAACGGGCCCGUGGCCACAACAUUCGCAAUACAGUCCCUUGCCCAAGUCCCCGACGACAAUAGUCAUAUUGGUGCAGCGCUCGGUGUGAAUCGUGGUCUCCAAGAUGAGAACCACCGCUGUGGGGCCCCCUGGCGACCGCAACUGAAUUCGCCAUCUGUGUAGUCGCGUGCCGCAAGAGGGUGGGAAUGUGCACAUGGCAACAGGAAAUCUGUCAGCCAAGCCAUCAGGCAUAGAGACAUGUACACGGCUUUCAACCGUGGGCUCGUGUAUUAUAAAGCUUAAACGUUUGUUCCUCAGUAUUAUCUUUGUAAUAUCGAUAGAAAGUAUUGUAUUGAAGAAUAAAAAUGAUCUUCCUCG